CGCAUGGAUACAAAAACAGGGUGACGCGUUUGCACUCCCCCCACUCCUUGUGACGAAGCCCUGGAAUUUUGACGUGGCGACUACGUAUUUGCCUGUCUGCCCACUCCGGUUGCAGGAAACUUGGUGACGAGGAAUACGUAACUGGACCUGUCAAGGGCUUAUGGACGGGAUGGUGGAAGAGAAUGGGAGCUCAGGGAACGGUGACCCGUUAGCGACGUCUCCUGGCCCGCACCCCAUAGCGGUCACCAACGUACGUGAGGCGACCAUAGUCACAUACAACACACAGCCUCAGAAGGGACAGUCGGUAAUCCAAAGCAACCAACAGUCAGUGAUACAGUCUGCCAACAAUCAGUUACCUGUGUUGACAACUGCCAAGGGUAAUGUGAUAUUGGUAGGCAAACCCAACUCCGUCAUCCAGACAGCACAAGGCAAUCUGCAGACACUUCAGGUAGUUGUCGAGGCAGGUUCAGACGACAGUCUGUCUAAUGACGAAGACACAACAACACGGAAGCGACGGGACAUUCUGACAAGAAGACCUUCGUACCGCAAAAUCCUAAACGAUUUAGGAGGGGAGGAAAUCACAGGUAGCAAGACUACCUCCUCCUCCUUCUUCAAACCUCUAUUUGGCGGCGGCAAAGUGGAGUCGUCGGGGUCAGACUGUGAUUCAAAUCUUGACUCUGAGCUUUCGUCACAUUCUCUUCCAACACAUUAUCAAACAGUGAUUCCGGCAGGAACGAUCCAGCUGACGAGUCAAGGGGAGGCGGUGACGGGGCUGCAUACCCUGACCAUGACCAACGCCACCACGGGCAGUGGCACGCUGGUGCAGUACACACAGGGCCAGGACGGGCAGUUCUACGUUCCUGUUGUUACUCAGUCGGGGAGCCUCUCUGGUGGUCCCAUCAUAGCAGAAGACCAGGCAAGAAAACGGGAGCUGCGAUUACUCAAAAACAGAGAAGCAGCGAGAGAGUGCAGGAGAAAAAAGAAAGAGUACAUUAAGUGUUUGGAGAAUCGGGUCGCAGUGCUGGAAAACCAAAAUAAGGCCUUAAUAGACGAGCUCAAGUCUUUGAAGGAACUCUAUUGUCAGCAGAAGACGGAUUAGUCGUCCGUAGAACCUCAUCUGGAUGACUGACGAGGCCUUCAGCGUAGAAGGAAGGGUCCACAAAGAUACAGAGUAUAUAUUUUCUCGGCCCGUGCGAGGGGCUGCUCUAGUUACGAUGGUCUAGUCUCGGUUACCUCCUCCCAGUAAGGCUUGUUGUGGCGAGGCCGUUGACAGAGUUCAGUGUUUGGUUAUUUUGUUGUUUGUGUGCUUCACAAAUAUUUUAUUUUACUUAAUAGCGUCUGAAUUAAACUAUUUUUGAUCUCUGAAGUAUUUUAGAUUUUUUUUUUACAUAAAAUUUUACUUCCAUUUUUUAAAACCAUCACUAUUUUGUAAAUGACGAUGAGUUUUUUUUUAAAUAAGUUUUUAAAUUUUCUUUUGUUGGUAACUGCUUAAGGCUGUGGAUUAUGCCUGUCAGUUGAUAUUUAUAUUGGAUCAAAAUAAAAGUUAAAUAUGAAUGAAUUAGAAGUUGAUUAGACAUUUUCUUGGAGAAAAUACUUAUUGAUGGUUUUACUCCUUACAUAUCUAUCUACCCUUUUGAGUAGAAGAAGGGACAAAGUACCUAAAGAAGUCUACUCAAUACCAUUGAAUAAUAUGAAAAUAAAAUUAAAAUAUCAGGAGUUUAAAACCUGUAAGCUAUAUAAAUAAUUGUUCUCAAGCUAUUGAUCAGUGAUGAUUUUUAUAGCAUAGACAUUUUUAAGAAUGGGUUAAGACUAUUCCCUCAUAUAAAAAAAUAAAAGAGCCAAUUGGGACAGAUAUCCUGAAAUAACGUUUUUAAAUAUUCAAAAUAUUAGAUAAUAUGUAGUAUUUUUAGAACUAAAUGAAAAUGAUUCGUUCCACUCAUGAUUUUGUCAGCUGCCUCGUUUUAAGUGCCUUGAUCUACACAGUUUGUGCACUUGAUCAUAGACGGACGAUUCUGCCGAUGCUUAUGCUUAUUGUGUAUUAUCGUUGAAUCAAACGUUGUUGUGUUUACGAUUUAUGUUUGCCUAAACAUAAUUCACCUGCUACUUAAGUGUAUUUUUGGUAAUUUUUGUACAAUCAAAAGGAACAACAAAGGUUCCUGUAAAGACUAUUUUUAAAGAGCUUAUAGUUUUAUGCUGCUUUGACUUGGUUUUUAUUCCCACUUUCUACGAUUUUGAAAAUCCUCUAGUGUUAUUGUUUUUUUUUUAGGAAGAGUGGGAUUUAAUAAAGUUUUUUUAAAAUUAAUUUUGCUUAUUGGUUUUUUUAGUCAUGUUUUAUUGAUUGUAAAUAUUUGUAUCAUAAGUUGUUUAUUUAUGAUUUGAUACCUAAUGAUACAGUUCAAAUUUAAGGUAUUUAUUUCUUUCAAUUUUAUUAUGUUUGUAUAAUAAAAUAUAACUAAAAAUUAUUAUAAUUUAUGUUGUCUACGUGCCAAUUAAAAACAAUAUCCUUUUAAUGAUUUAAUCAUUUUUUUAACCAAGGUUUUAGUAUAAGCCCUUAUACUACCAGCUACAAAAUACUUUUAUAAUUGUUUGUACAGUGUGUUUGUUCAUUGUUACUUUGCUGUAUAAAUAAGGCAAACUAGAUUGUUGUAUAUAAUAUUUUAUUACCAUCUACAGAAUCUUUCAAUUGAUAGAUAUGUAACAUACAAAGUGUAAUUAUUAGAUUUAAUUUUAAAAGACCACAGUUAAUACACAUAUGUGUUUGUACAGGAAAAUAAACUUAUAUUUUCUAAUUAAAA